AUGGGAAUUGUAUACUUGAUUCUUAAGACUAUUGUGGCUGUACUUUCUUGUGUUAAGUCAAGUGCAUUGAGCUCAAGCCAAGGCAAUCUAGUUGUUCAUUGCAAUGAAAGUGAAAAAAGUGCUUUGGUCAAGUUCAGAGAAGAUUUCAGUAAUUCAAUGGACCGUUUUUCCUCUUGGAUUACUGAAGAAGAUUGCUGCAACUGGAGAGGUGUGAUGUGCAGUAAUAAAACUGGUCAAUGGCAUGUUACAAUGCUCGAUCUUCAUGGUCAUGGUCCAGCUGAGAGCUCGCAAGGUAAUCAAGUAAGUGAUUCUUUACUUGACUUGCCAUAUUUAAGCUACCUGGACUUGAGUUCUAAUAAUUUUCUUCAGGGACAGGUUCCUGAAUUUAUUGGUUCUCUGAAAAAUCUAGAGUAUCUAAACCUGUCUAAUGCCAAUUUUCGAGGAAUGAUUCCUGAUCAUCUUGGGAAUCUUUCCCAGUUGCAAUACCUUGAUCUGAGUGGUAAUGAAUAUGCUCUUAGAGCAAACAAGCUUGACUGGCUUCUUGGUCUCUCCUCCUUGAAAGUACUGGAAUUAGGUGGUGUGGAUCUCAGUUUGGUUGUUAAUUGGCUUGAUGCUGUUAACAUGUUACCUUCUUUGGUGAAGUUAGGAUUUUUUGCCUGUGAACUCAACACACUUCCCUUGAGACUAUCUGCUAUAAAUUUCACACAGCUUCAGAUUCUUGAUCUCUCUUUUAACAAAUUCAAUUCACCCAUGCCAUAUUGGCUCUUCAAUAUCAGCCAGAGUCUUAGCGUCAUUAAUUUUCGAAGAAGUCAGUUGCGAGGUUCCAUCCCUGAUGCUUUUGAAAGCAUGAGUUACCUCACCAUUUUUGAUCUUUCAGACAACUAUCUGACAGGAGAGUUUCCCAAAACGUUAGGCUUGAUCGCAGAUGACGACAAUAGUACAAGGCCAUCGUUGAGAGAAUUGUAUCUCUCCAAUAAUCAACUUAAGGGGUCUCUUCCACCAAGCAUUGCACAGCUUUCAGAAUUAGAAGUCCUGGAUCUUGCUUCGAAUUCCAUGGAUGGUGUAAUUACUGAAGAUUUUCUGAAUUUCAGUCACUUGCAAGUAUUAGUUUUGUCUUCUAAUUCAUUUAUGGUCAAUAUCAGCUCAGAUUGGACACCUCCUUUUGACCUUGAUACCAUAGGGUUGCAGUCUUGCCAAAUAGGUCCGGAUUUUCCCAGAUGGCUACAAACACAGAAAGACUUCGUGUCAAUUGAUAUUUCCAGCAAUAACAUUUCAGGCAUUGUGCCUGAUUGGUUUUGGAAUAUCUCAAUGAAGGUUGAGUACAUGAAUCUGUCAUCUAACAAUCUAGGAGGAAAACUGCCAGAUUUUUCAUCAAAACUUAAUCUUUCUGUACUAGACAUGAGCAACAACAGUUUUUUUGGUCCCUUGCCUCAUUUUUCUUUGAGCAUGAUGUCCCUAAUUCUAGCUGAAAAUAUGAUCACUGGAACCAUAUCCCCUAUAUGUGAAUCUCUUGUUGUGAAUAACUCUUUGAGUUAUCUAGAUUUAUCAUUGAAUGCCUUGUCUGGAACCAUUCCUAACUGCUGGACUCAAGGGAAUAACUUGGUUGUUCUGAAUUUGGCAUACAAUGAAUUAUCUGGCAUGAUACCAAACUCAACUGGACAUUUAGUUCAUCUCAAGGCACUGAUCCUUGGUAAAAAUGCUCUCUCUGGUGAACUUCCUGCAUCAUUGAAGUACUUGACAAAUUUAUAUGUCCUGGAUCUUGGACUCAAUAAUCUAUCUGGCAAAAUACCAGAAUGGAUUGGGGAAAAUAUGGGAAAUCUGAUGAUUCUCCGGUUAUCAGAGAACGAAUUUGAUGGAAACAUCCCAUUGCAGCUAUGCCAACUUAAAGACCUUAAAUACUUUAACCUUGCUGGCAAUUCUUUAUCAGGAAAGAUUCCAAGGUGUAUCGACAAUUUUCUUACCAUGGCUAUGGUGGAGGCAGACAAAUCUUUUAUCUAUGACCCCUACACAGUAUAUAGGAAGGCUCUGUUGAACGUAUUGAUCAGAAUGAAUCCUGUCAGUUCAAAGUUCAUGGUUUUUGAUCUUGCACUGAAUCAUUUAUCAGGAGAUAUCCCUGGAGAAAUCACCAGCCUUGUUGGCUUGACUUUCUUAAGUUUGUCAAACAACAAUCUUACAGGAGAAAUUCCACCUGAUGUUGGUUCAAUGAAAUUGUUGGAGUAUCUUUAUCUCUCCAGGAAUUCGCUCUCUUGCUCAAUUCCCACCACCAUAUCUCUUCUUCAUUCUCUUGCUCAUUUUAACUUGUCGUAUAACAACUUGUCAGGAAAGAUUCCCUCUGGCUUCCAAAUUGCUUCUCUUGAUGCAUCAUCAUUUAUUGGCAAUCAACACCUUUGUGGGCUUCCCCUCACUGAAGACUGCUCGAAACCUCUCUACAACGAUUUUUCUUGCAGGAUUGAGAACAAGGGCUUACAAGAUGAAGUAAAAAAUGAUGAUUUUGAAGCAACAUCUUUCUAUUUUGGUCUGGCAGCUGGAUUUGCUGUUAGCUUCUGGGCAUUUUGGAUCACUUUGCUGCUGUCAAGAUCCUGUCGAUAUGCAUACUUCCAAUUUUUGGACAAAUGGAGCGACAAGAUUUAUGUGAUGAUAGCUAUUAAGGUUGCCAGAUUGAGAAAUAAGCAAGCUUGA